AUGCGACCGUCCGACUCGUGGGUGACUGUGCACUCGCUCAAGUCGGUGGACGGCGGCCUGCUGGACCCGGACGACCGGCUGAGCGACGUGGCCGACGACCGCGAGCAGAUCGUGGCCGUGUAUGAGGAGCAUGGCGGCCGGGCCGCUCCGCACGGCGGCGGCGACGGCACCUCUGGCAGCUCGGACGGCACGGCCAGCCCCGUCCCCCUCACGGGCGGGGAUCACGACAUGCAGCGGUUUUCCCGGAUGGACAUUGAGGUCAGCGGUCAGCAGGCGCCUGCCUGCUCGCUUCAGGUGCGGCGCGGCAGUGAGCCGGCGCUGAACCAGGUGUGCCCGCUGCCGCAGUUCCCGCCGGACCUGUGCGCCGACGCCAGCAAACGGUGGUCGGCCGCGCCCAUCAUUGACAACCAGAUCGUGGCCAGCUCGACCCCGAUCAAGGACACGAGUUUCGAGCAGCUGACGCCGCCGGGCGAGCGGGAGGAGGCGUCGGGCGACGAGCGCGACCGGCCGCCGUUCUCGCGCCUCGCCCGCGACGCCAACCGGCUCUCCAUGCAGGUCGGCGGCAACAGCGACGGCAUAUGGAGGUGGGCGGAGGCGGCCGACCGUCUGGUCAGCCCGCAGACGCCGCGAUGGGAGCCGGUGGGGGGCUCCAACGGCUCGCCAGACGUCUCGUACGAGGAUACCAGGUGGCCGCCACCCCAGCAGCAGCAGCAGCAGCAGUUGGUGGUCCUGACCGACGUCUCCGGGCCCCUCGGGAUCCACGUGGUGCCGGAGUGUGACGAGAGCGGUCGCGACGCGGGCCUGCACGUGCAACGGGUGGAGCCGGACGGCGCGGUGCGGCGCGACGGACGCGUCUCCGUCGGCGACCGCAUCGUGCAGAUCAACGGCCACAGCCUGCGUAACAUCAGCUUCCAGAGGGCGCAGGAGAUCUUCGUGAGCGCGAUGAGCGGCGGUGAUCUGCGACUGCUGGUGGAGCACGUGCCGGGCCGCUCGCAGCCGCCGGCGCUGGGGGUGCCGGCUUCGCUGUCGUCGCGCACGCAGAGCGUCAUGCAGACGUCCAACACGCGCAAGCUGGGCCGCCGGCUGUCGGUGGCGCUGGUCAAGGGCGCCGACGGCCUGGGCUUCAGCGUGACGACGCGCGACAACCCGGCCGGCGCACACGCGCCCGUCUACGUCAAGAACAUCCUGCCGCAGGGCGCGGCGGUGGAGGACGGCCGCCUUCGGCCGGGGGACCGGCUACUGGAGAUCGACGGCGUCGCCGUCACCGGACUCAGCCAGCGCCAGGUGGUGCACAUGCUGCGCGCCGUGCGGCCGGCCCAGCCCGUCGAGCUCGUGCUCUCGCGCCACGAACAGGAGGACGCCAGCCCCAAGCUGCCGCGGCCGCUGCCGGCCGACCACCGCGAGCCGGACGAGUCGGAGCCCUCUCGCGACAAGGAGGUCCUCGUGUUCGACAUCCCCGUGCACGACUCGGAGCGAGCCGGCCUCGGUAUCAGUGUCAAGGGCAAGACGACGGCCGGCCAUAGCGGCCCGCUGGACGUGGGCAUCUACAUCAAAAACGUUAUUCACGGCGGUGCCGCCAGCAAGGACGGCCGCUUGCAGCGCAACGACCAACUGAUCGACGUCAACUACACGGCCCUGCUGGGGCUCAGCAACAGCGACGCCAUGGAGACGCUGCGGCGCGCCAUGUGCCAAGAGGGCCCGAAGUCGGGCGUCAUCACGCUGACGGUAGCGCGUCGGGGCGAUCUGGGCGGCGGCAGCGGACGCGAGUCUGUCAACAGCAUGCUCUCCAAUUCGUCCGGCGAGGUGCUGGCCGGCUGGCGGCCAUCCAGCGAGCGCGACCAGUCGGGCCACAGCGAGGAGUCGCAGGUGACCGUGAUCCAUCGGCCGCCGCCGCCGCCGCCGCCAUCCGACGGCCACGGCCACGGCCCCGGCCCCGGCGCCGACCGACACCCCCGCAACAUCCGCAACGACAGCUACUACCAGGCCACGCACGACACGUGGGACGCGUCGGCGCUGCAGCAGGCGGCGGCGUCCCCCGCCGGCGAGCGGACGUCGCUGGAGCAGGCAGGUGUGGGCUUCACUCGUGACCAGCUGGGCCGCCAGUCCAUCAGCGAGAAGCGGCACGCCUCCAAGGACGCCAAGGGCACGGACACGUACCAGCGCACCAAGCGGGCGCGCGAGGAGCGCGAGCUGGGUCCCAGCCUCGGCAUGAAGAAGUCCUCCAGCCUCGAGUCGCUGCAAACCAUGGUGCACGAGGCCGUGCGCGGCCGCGGCUGCAACGAGAGCUUUCGCGCCGCUGUCGACCGCAGCUACGAGGCGCCGCUGGCCAACAUGCGGGACCGCAUGGAGACGCGUGAGUGGCCGAGCUCCAUGAGCUCGGGCGCCGCCGACGACAAGAAGGCGAAGCGACGCUCCGGCCUACUGAAGGGACUCGGCAGUAUGUUCAGGUAG